CCUGUCUCCAAAAAGAAAUCGAAAACAAUCCCGCCUGACAAAGAGAUAUACAAACAAGAUUGAUUUACGCCGUGUGCGACCUGCUAGGUGCCAUUCUACCAGUCUUUGCGAAAACUGUAGGUGUCGAAGGAAAGAUGGUCUCGCCUGUCACAGUGGUGAAGAGCGAGGGGCCCAAGCUGGUCCCCUUCUUUAAGGCCACCUGUGUGUACUUUGUCCUGUGGCUACCUACCUCCACCCCAUCCUGGUUCAGCGCCCUCAUCAAGUGUUUGCCCAUCUUCUGCCUGUGGGUGUUCCUGCUGGCUCACGGCUUCAGCUUCUUGAGUAACCACGCCAGUGCCCGCAAGAUCCUGGCUGGCCUCAUCUUCUCCUCCCUGGGGGACGCCUUUCUCAUCUGGCAGGAGCAAGGAUACUUCAGCCAUGGUCUGCUGAUGUUUGCGAUCACCCACAUCCUGUACUCCUCCGCAUUUGGAAUGAAGCCCCUGAAUCUGCGCGCAGGCCUGGUCAUCGGUGCCACGUCUGCCCUCAGCUACACCCUGCUCUACCCCUACCUGUCUGGGCCCUUCACCUACCUGGUGGCCGUCUACAUCGCUCUCAUAGGCUUCAUGGGCUGGAGGGCCAUCGCCGGCGUCCAGCUGGCUAACGACCUGUGGACCUGGACCAAGCUGUCUGCCUGCCUGGGCUCGGUGCUCUUCAUCGUGUCCGACCUCACCAUCGCCGUCAACAAAUUCUGCUUUCCCGUGCCGUACUCGCGCGCCAUCAUCAUGGCCACCUACUACGCCGCCCAGAUGUUGAUCGCGCUGUCCGCCGUCGAGUGCCAGGACGCGGAGGCGGCCCGCAAGAGGGCGUGAGGGACGGCGCCGUCCACGAUGACAUCGAGGAACCCUCGUCAGGGGGCGAUCCCUGCCCCUUGUGAUUCUGGACAGAGCCCUCCUCCAGACCCCCAGCCCCCCUCCUUUAUUCUAGUGUGGUAGUUACGCACCUUACGCACGGUAGUCCCCUUCACAACCCCCCUCUGACUUGCCCCUCUCCCCUGCUGCGACCAGUAGGUGGUCUCCCAGCCUUGUUACCAUGAUGAAUAAUACACAAACCACCCAAUCCCACUUGUCUAAAACGUCAAUAUUGCUGACGGUAUCGUUGUUCUUCCUUGUAGGGGAAGAUUCAUAGUGAGUAGUGUCAGAGAGUAGGCAGGUGUGAUAUGUAAGGUCACAAAAUGCAGAUUUACCAUUCUCAAGACGUACACCCUUUGCCUGCCUCCUUCAUGUCGUCCAAUAUUGCAACUUCAAAUGCAAGGAGUUUUCUUUUGACAACCUACAUAUUAUUCUAUGUCUGGCCAAAAGGGAGUUGUUUUGGGGUGGCUGUCAGUGACAUAUCCACCCCCUGAUAUUUUUGGUCCCCACCAUUUCACUCAAUAUAACCAAGCUGCCUUCAGCACUUCUACAAACCCACUCUUCCUUCAGGAACUUUAAUCUCUUUCUGAUGAUGUUUAUGGAGAUGUCUUUGAACUUUGAGGUGGUUCAGAGGGUGAGGAAGAAAGAAAGAAAGAAAGAAAGAAAGAAAGAAAGAAAGAAAGAGAAAGAAAGAAAGGGGAAUAGAUAUAUGUGCACAUACCAUUUUUUCUCUCCAUAGACAUGUACAGUAUACACCUCAUAUAGUUAUUGAGUGUCAGUCAUACGUGGUUCUGUAACUUCAUUCAAGUAAUCAACUGAUUUUUUUGUUCCCUAUGUCAUUCUGUAUUGUGUGUGUGUGUGUGUGUGUGUACCUUCUUUCCUUUAGGCAUUUCACCCUGCAAAUUAUUUUAGUUACUCUGUUGCCUGUUUGCACAUGCAUAAACAACCCCAAACCCAACCCAUACGCACACACCCACACGCACACACCCACACGCACACACACACACGCACACACCCACACCUUGGCUCCUGCUGGUUUAGUCAUUAAAAGGAGCUGCUGGGGCCGUUAUUGCUGGAAACGUGCCUACGGCCAGCCGUGUCUUUGGCAUUAAAGAGAGUGGGGAGAGAGACGUGUUUGCCGGAAGGCUCUAGAGAAGAACACACUGCCCCCAGGGUCCUGCCACCCCUACCUUACACUACACAGGGACACGAGACAGAGUGCCCAAGUGUGAAAUGUAUUGUUAUUCCCAUUACAUGUGUAUUUGUCUGACAAGUCAAAACUUCCUGAAAGGCAGAAUUGCUGUGAACUCUCCCUUACUAGUGUGUUAGGUGAGCUGUGCUUGCUGUGACCACUUGGCUGUAUGGCAAACUGUUACUAGAUCCUUUGCUGUCUCGUAUUAGUCCACGACUGUGUCUUUAUGCUGGCCCCACUGGCUGGUCAGUGAUGAUCAGUCUGGUGUCUUGGUCAUCCUCUCUGUAUGUCAGAGACACCAGACUAUCAUAGGAUGUGUACACAGCGUAUAUCCAUCCAAGAACAUUUUGGGAAAUUCUUCACUCUACAUUGCCAUUUAUUGAUGGCCACUUUGAUUUAUUGAGUUAUGGUUGAUGCCACUAACUUUGCAUUGGAAUGAAGGUACGCUGUACUUUGAAAAUGUAAAGUAUGAAAAGUAUUGUUCUUUCACUCUGGCAUUAGAAUAGAAAAUGAGACUUAUUUAUAUUGGUCUUGUAAAGGGAAUUGCGUGAAUUCCUAUGUAAUGUACAUAGACCACUUUAUCCACCUUGUUCUGUGUUUGUCCUUAACCACUGCCGUUGCUGCGUUAGGGACUGUGGAAAGAUCAAGAUGACUUGAUAACUGAGUGAAAAGACUUAAUGGAAAAAAAACUGAUCUGUUGUUGUAUUCUACUGCAGGCACAGAGCCGCAACACACACACACGUGUAACAAUCUCACACGCACACACGCACAGACACACAAUCGCACCAAAGUGUGUUUAUGCAUCAAUCAAAAGCUAGAUCUGCCCAAGGACCACUGUGUUGACAACCAUAGUAAAAAGGUCACAAAGGAUGACUUGAACAUAAACAUCACGCGGUGAGGGCCUGACCCGACAGGGUAACUGCCGGCCACUAGCUAGCGUUUACUUCCGUGUUACGAUAGUGCUCACCACACCAUUUUGUGUUCUCGUUUCAAUUCAGUGAUGUCUGGGUCAGCAGAAUAUUUCAGCAGAGUCAGUCAAAAAGUGUCUGCAAGUCAGGUGCUCCAAUUCCUUUUUUUUUUAACAACUUGAUUUGACACCAAAGAAACACUUUCAAGCUGGGUCCCUUAGUUCUGGGCUGCAUCUCACUAGUCUGCAGUGACUUCCUCUCCUGAGCUGACUUUGUCAUGCCACUGAGGUUUGAAAGCCUAUCACAGGAGCAGACUGCACUCACCUGCAGUCAGCUCAGUUGAAAACUGAAAUCCCAGAUUAGUUCAGAAAGCUUGCUGUGGGUUAUGAUGGCAAUUUGGCAGACUUUGUGAUGGCUUGAAGCGGAUUGUGAAGGUCUAAGCCUUCUGCUUUUCUACUACAAUUCUGAAAUGGAGAACCGAAGCAUAGUGAUUCAAACUAAUAAAAGAAUGAUCUAAAAUAGUUUUAAAGAGGACUGUGGACAUGCAUAUUAGUCAGUGUGUAGCUGUAAGUACUUGAUAUGGUAAAAAAAAAAGAACACAAAGGGAGGUUUAUGGCAGGCUAGCUGGUUAGCUACGCUUACGCAUUACUUAACCUCAGUAGCCCUCAACCCUGAUGUUCUGACAAUUUUGUGCAGGAAGACAAAAGCGAAGCAGGGAGGGGUUGAUUCCCUCUGCGAGAGCAGGGUGACAGGUUGUAAACUGUGGAGGUGGUGAUGAUCUAGAGAGGUAUAGGGUUAAGUGAGGAGAGACAAACAAGUGACACAAGCACAGUGCUUUCCGCUUCGACCGAGUAGCCGCUCUGUCAUUUUGAUGUUAUGAGCUCCGCUGGGUGAAUGCUGUUGAUAGUGACUUCAGGAUGGAAGGUUGGUCAUUAUGGUGCUCAGGUGCUGGGCACAGUGUCACCCCCAGAGGUUGGCUGUUCAUGACUGGUUGACCAUGAACAUUUAGCUGUGAAGAUGUAGAAAUGUUCGCAUUUCUAAUGGCUCCUAACCUUUGCUGGACUCCAACACAAUCCAAGACUGUUGUUAAGUUGUGAACCGACACUAAUCAUUAGUAUAUCAUACACAUUAAAUUAUUCUUCCUCACUAAUACAGAGAGAGUGACCAGGCGGUUAAAGUAUAUCUGCAGAGUAG